CUUUCUUAUGUGUUUGACGGGAAGAACUGCAAGAUUCCAACAAUAAUGGAGGAAGGGAAGAUCAUUGAUUCUGUGGCUAAUUUUUUGCACUGCGUCUCAGAUUCAAAUCCCAUCAAAAUCACUGGUUAAAGAGAUUCUUGCAGUGACCUUAAGUAGCCUCAAUUCUGUCUUCUUCCAUGGAGACGGCAACGAAAGGGCCAGAAGAAGAAGAAGAAGAAGAAGAAGAGUCUGCAAUUGGCGAGGAGCGUUAAUGGCGGACUGAUUUUCAGACGAAAACGAAGAAGAAUAGAAAAAGCCCUAAAUUCUUAUGGUUGGGUCGAUGUCAAGUCUGCGCAAAAGUCAAGGGUUGUUUGGAAUAAAGCAGCAGAAAAGGAAUUAUUCCCUUCAGAGAGUAUAAAGAAAGGCGUAAGGCAAAUCUCAGUUAUAGGUGUUUCGGAGAGAUAAACGCGCCACAUGCCUUCCUUUUCCCCCACAUCCCGUCGUUUGCCUCUGUUUUCGCCUCUGGCUUCUGAUCGGAGUUGAUGGAGCUCUUGAAUCCGCCAUAUCCUCCUCAUCUUCCUUCUUCUCUUAACGCCUUUCAUGGCUUCUAUUCGUCUUCGUCUUUGCUUCUUCCGAUGGUGAUCCCUCGUUUGCGUGGCGUCGUCGAAGAAGCUUCUUGCGACGACGACGACGGCGCUGAUUUUGUUUAUGUGGCUAUUGGCAAAUCAGUUGAGAAGUCUGCAAGUUUGCUUCGUUGGACAUUCCGUCGCUUUCGUGAUAAACAAAUUCGUCUCCUCCAUGUUCAUCAGCUCUCUUCUGUCAUUCCCACGCUACUAGGGAAGCUACCUGCAAGCCAGGCGAAUACAGAUGUGGUGGCUGCAUACAGGAAGAAGGAGUGGGAACAAACUUCUCGGGUUCUUGAAAACUACUUGGGAUUUUGCCAUAGAACCAAGGUCAAAGCUGGUAUUGUUCUAAUGGAAGCUGAACAAGUUCACACAGGGAUAGUAGAUUUGGUUAACAAAUUCAAAGUUAGGAAGCUUGUCAUGGGGACCAUGGCGGAUAGUUGUGUGAAAGUGAAAGUAAAGAAGAGCUCUAGUAAAGCAGAUUAUGCUGCCAGAAAUAUCCCCUUUCCAUGUGAGAUAUGGUUUGUCAACAAAGGGAAGCAUGUAUGGACCAGAGAAGCUGUUGAAGGCUCAAGUUCUGCUUCAUCAUUGUUUCUUCCCGAGCUGGCUAUCACAGAAAACUUUCCUGCUCAGUCAUCUCUGAAUGAUGAGAGUCACUCAUUCAACCUGGAAGAUUCUCAAUCUAGUUCUGCUAAUGCUAUAAUUGAAGGCUUAAACUGCAUUAACAAGGAACCCUUUGAUGUAGAAGGCGUUGUGUCGAGUUCUUCGGAUAGAUACUUUCCCUGCCCUCUGCAGAUUUCUUCCAGUCCUGCUAGCUCAAGCUCUGAUUCAGGACAUUCAUCAGUUGAAGGGAGAGAGUCAACAAGCUCUGAUUCAAGGGUUGAGGAAAGGGGUUUAUAUGGUGAACUUAAAGAUGCCGUUAUAGAAGCAGAGGCAUCAAGGAAUGAAGCAAUUGAGAUGCAUUGGAUGUGUAGAAAGAUGGAACAAAGUGCUGCAGAAUCCAUAAAAAAGUUCAAGGUCUUCAAAUGUGUCAAUGAACAUGAAAUUGAUCUUAGGAAAGAGAUUGAGAGAAUGUUGAGGACUACCAUUGAGAAGAAAGAAACUCUCUCAGAAGAAAGAACUGAAAUACUUGAGGAGCUAGAGAGGACAUUGAAAACUCUUACUCUUCUUGACACUCAGACACGGCAAGUAACUCGAAAGCAUGAAGAAGCCAUUACAGAACUCAAAAUUAUACAAGCUUCCAUUGCAGCUCUCAGGAAGGAAAAGCAGACGAUUCAAAGCCAAAAGAUAGAUGCUCUGAAUUGGCUGUCCAAAUGGAAACAUGAGAAGGCUGCUUCUGCAAAUUAUAACAGAUCGAUCGGAUUUGUGGAGAAUCAAACUCAGCUGGCUGAAUUUUCAUUGUUGGAACUACAAACAGCCACAUGUGGCUUCUCUGAAAGCUUCAAGAUUGCUCAGGGAGGAUAUGGUUGUCUUUACAAGGGUGAAAUGUUGGGUAAGACUGUUGCCAUAAGGAAGCUGCAUCCACAUUAUGUAUUGGGUCCAGCUGAGUUUCAAAAUGAGGUUGAAGUAUUGGGUAAACUACAACAUCCUCAUUUGGUGACUUUGCUUGGUGUAUGCACGGAAGCCUGCUCUUUGGUAUACGAGUAUUUUCCCCAUGGGAACCUCCAAAAUCACCUUUUCCCUAAAGGCAAUACUCCUCCGCUGACAUGGAAGACUCGAGCACGGAUAAUCGCUGAAAUUGCAAGUGCCCUUUGCUUCUUGCACUCUUCAAAACCUGAAAACACUGUCCAUGGGGAUCUGAAGCCUGAAAACAUUCUUUUGGAUUCUGAAUUCAUCUCCAAGAUCUGUGAUUUUGGUAUUUACAGGCUGAUAUCUGAAGACACACUGUACUGCCCAAGUUUUAGGAGAAGCACUGAACCAAAGGGUGCCUUUUCAUAUACAGAUCCAGAGUGUCAGCGAGAUGGAGUUCUCACGCCCAAGUCUGACGUUUAUUCCUUUGGGCUGAUCAUUUUGCAGUUGCUCACAGGGAAACCAAUAGUUGGAUUAGUAGGUGAGUUGCGCAAGGCCAUUUCAUUUGGUCAACUCGAGUCCGUUUUAGACUUGUCUGCGGGAGAGUGGCCUAUUGAUGUUGCUAAGCGGUUCCUAGACAUUGGUCUACAAUGUUGUGAACUGAAGGGGAGUGAUCGACCUGAGCUGACACCUAGUCUCGUGAGAGAAUUAAAGCAACUGCAUGUCUCAGAAGAGAGACCUGUGCCAUCUUAUUUCUUGUGCCCCAUUCUUCAGGAGAUCAUGCUGGAUCCCCAAGUGGCUGCAGAUGGUUUCACGUACGAAGGAGAAGCUAUACGUGAAUGGUUAAGCAAUGGCCGGGAAACUUCUCCAAUGACCAAUUUGAAACUCAGCCACCCGCAGCUUACUCCAAAUCAUGCUGUGCGUCUUGCCAUUCAAGAUUGGCUUUCCAGAGUUUGACAAUCCCACCUAUCUAACAGGUCUGAUUGGUGUAUAAUAUGUUGUUUAUAUUAUCACAAAGCUAUGUCUAUGUUCCUAUGCCAUCCUUCGUCAGUGUAGAUACUUGAAAUUUUGCAGAAAUAAAAUACAUCUUUGCUCUGGUUUUUCCCCC